AUGCUACCGGCAGUUUCUGAUAAAGAUUGUGGUUCAAACUCAAAGUCAGACCUGCCUCUUGUAAGACGAGUUAGAACCAAUUUUCUGUCAGAAGCUCAAGUUCCAGAUCAAACAUUCACAGUACUGGCUUCAUACUUUCUCGUGUUUGUAUCGACAGAUGUCAGCAAUCUACAUGACACAAUAAACUACAUUCUCUGGACUCCAUACUGCUGCCUUCCUAAAGGCCAGGAGGAUGAAAUGUGCGCCCCUAUACAAGUGCCAGCUGAUGACCCAGUGCAUCGCUUCUCUGGUAUUCGAUGCUUUAACUUGACGAGACCUAUGACUUUCCAAAGUCAGGGAUGUCGAAAAAAAGAUACGUUUCCUGAACGGAUAAUGAGUGCCACACCACUAUUCGAUUUAUCGAGCGUUUAUGGAAAUUCUUUGGACAAAGCGCUAGAAGGGAGACUGUUCAAAGGUGGAUUGUUGAAGUAUGAGGUUGAACAUGGCAGAGUUUGGCCACCACAAGAUGUCAAUCAUACAUCUUGUCUUAGGAACCAAAAACCUUAUGAAACGAGAUGUCAUAAGACGCCAUCUGACGAAAUAAACUCUUUAAUGCCAAUAAACAUCGUAACUAUUUGGUUCUGGAGACUUCACAACCACAUAGCUAACCGACUAGCGAAGAUGAAUCCCUGUUGGGAUGAUGAGAGAUUGUUUUAUACCACAAGAGACAUUAAUAUAGCUAUACAGGCCCAGAUUCUGUUGUAUGAGCUACUGCCGAUGAUGAUGGGAUACGAAAACCUUAUUAACGAUGGAGUUUUGCACCCGCAUGGUUUCAGAGACAUUUACAAAGAGCAACUAACGCCACAGUUAUCUAUGGAAUUUCCGCUAACAUUACGAUGGUUACAUAAGAUGCAGGAAGGCACUAUAAAGAUGUACGAUGCCAACGGUACCUACAUAAAGAAGGAGGCGAUAGUUGACCUGUCUAUAAGAACAGGUUACUUGGCAGUAGACAAUAAUAUAGACUACCUGACACAAGGCAGCUUCAGACAACCCAGUGCUAAGAUGGAUGAUCAUGUUGUGGAUCCUGAUAUGGCCGAGAGAAUGGCCGGAAUAUUCCAAGUCUCCCAGGACACAUUUUCCAGUGAUUUGGCUAAAAACCGCCUCAUGUACAUUCAGCCUUAUGUGAAGUAUUUGGAGCACUUUAGUGGUAGAACUAUCAGCAGUUUCGAAGACCUUGCGGAGUACUUUGAACCAGAGGUUUUAGAAAAGCUUACAGAGCUAUACAAUUCGGUGGAAGACAUAGACUUACUAGCAGCCAUGUGGGUGGAAAAGCCACUAGAUGGUGGUCGGGUUCCUCACAUGUUCUACUGUAUAGUUGUGGAACAGUUGCUUCGUACUAUGCAGUCUGAUCGGCACUGGUAUGAGAGGCCUAAUAGACCUCAUGCGUUUACCAUCGAACAACUUCAAGAAAUAAGAAAGGUGUCGAUUGCAAGAGUUUUAUGCGAUGUUGGAGAUACUGUCUCUCAUAUACAAGCGAGAGCCUUCCUAAGAAUUGGACCUGAGAAUCCAAUGCAAAGUUGUGAAGAAAUACCAGAUAUCAACAUAAAAGCCUGGAAAGACUACACUUGCGGCAAAAAAAUUAAGUCACCGUGUGACUAAUUAUUUAAUAAAUUAAGUUAAAUUAUGAAAUAGGCUUAAAUCGAUUAUAGAAUAAAAGAUGUUUUAA